AAGCCCAACAUAAUCGGCUAUUGGGUUUUCUAAAUUCGUUAUUAGAGAGAGCCCAAGUAGUUGGGCUGAAAUCUUAAUAUGGGCCCAGCUUAAACGAUCGUUGGAGGCGGCAAAAAUCAACAAAUCCCUAAUUGGCUAAUUCAAUGGCGAGGGGAGAAUCGGAUGGAGAGAGCUCAGGAAGUUCCGGCGAAGAAUCGGAGCCAAAGGGGAAGAUCUCGGAAUAUGAGAAGCAGAGGUUCUCUAGGAUCGCUGAGAACAAAGCGAGGUUGGAUGCGCUCGGCAUCUCUAAAGCCGCCAAGGCUCUUGUGGCUCCAUCUCCAAUUUCGAAAAAACGUAGAGUAAAGCGGAAUUCCGGUGAACAAGACGAUGAUUAUACUCCCGGAAACGCCGAUGAUGAUGACGAAGACGAGGAGUUUCUGGGUAAUUCAACUUGUAAAAGAAAGGCCUCUGCAUCCAAGAGAAAAGUCUUAUCUAAGAAGAUUUUGAAUACAUCAGAUGAUGAGUACGAUGACUUAGACAAGGCAAUUGCGCUUUCUCUACAGGACUCUGUUGCAGGAGGCUCUCAUAGUCGUACUACCCCUACCAAAACUAUGAGAAACGAUAAAGAGGCUGCAACUUUGAAGAAGAAGAAAACACCGGAUUUGAUGAGCAAGAUGCAGAUGACACAGGAUGAAUUGGUCUUAUACUUCUAUCAGUUUGAUGAAGCUGGAAAAGGGUUCAUUACUCUGAGAGAUGUGGCCAAAAUGGCGACGGUGCAUGACUUCACAUGGACACAAGAGGAAUUACAAGACAUGAUUCGUUGCUUUGACAUGGACAAGGACGGAAAGCUAAGCUUAGAUGAGUUCAGGAAGAUUGUUUCGCGAUGUCGCUUGUUGAAAGAAUCUUGAUGGGUAAUGUGUAAUUUAGGCUGUGAAUUUGGGUGACUACUAGUUUAUGAUGAUUCUCCAAACUUUUGUUUUCUCUCUUCUUGUGAGAAGUCAACAUUAAUAAGGUUUGUAAUUCUCUAUCAGUUCAAACUGUAAAUUGGAUGUCUAAACUAUAAAGUAGAAGUAGAAUAAGUUGAUUGCA